GACUGGAUAGCUCUACAAAAAUGUCAAUCCAGAGUGCUGUGAAAAAGGCAAUUUCUGUGUUGGCCAUCUGCUCAUAGGGGCAAGAUGAACCAACGGCCCCCAUGGAUUCCAGUGAUGACAUCAGUCUGAGAGCAGCAACAUCAGCUGUUCAUACUGCGCCUGCCCCAUCUGUCUCUAUUUCCAGUUUCCAGCCACACAGGCAAGGCUCAGGACAGGAGGACAGUCAAUUGAACCUUUGUGUUUAAUUGGUGGUGUGGGAACGCCUCCUCUUAUGGCAAAGAGGUAGUAGCAAGCAGCCACAGAACCAGGCUCCUCUGUGCCAGAGUAGCUCCACUCAGAGUGCGCCAACAGCACCUCCUGCUGCACACGCCUGCCCCAACUAUUUCGACUCUCCAGUUCUCCGCAACACGGGCGGAAGAGGUCCAGCCAGGGCAGAUCAGGAUCCACAUUCUACAUUUUCAGAAGCAGUGAACGAAUAUGAAUAUUUUCACACACGUCGGCACAAAGAAUCUCUCUUCUGUUGCUAAUAUGUCUGGUCUCUUUCCAAGCAACUUUGAACACCAGCAGAAUUUAACUAGCAGUUCUCCUUCUAUUCAAAUAAAUAAGCUUUUCCCAGCCUUGUUGCAAUGCUUUGGCAUUAUCCUUUGUGGAUAUAUAGCUGGAAGAGUUAACAUAAUCACAUCAACUCAGGCCAAAGGACUAGGAAAUUAUGUGUCCCGCUUUGCACUCCCAGCUUUAUUGUUCAAAAAUAUGGUCAUACUGAAUUUUUCCAAUGUGAAUUGGUCCUUCCUGUACAGCAUCUUGAUUGCCAAAGCAUUUGUGUUCAUCUUAGUCUGUGUUUUGACGUUCUUGAUCGUCACUCCUGAAAGGCGGUUUAGCAAAGCUGGACUGUUUCCUAUUUUUGCUACUCAGAGCAAUGACUUUGCACUGGGAUAUCCUAUAGUUGAAGCUUUAUAUCAAACAACGUAUCCUGAGUAUCUCCAGUACAUUUACCUGGUUGCGCCAAUAUCUCUCAUGAUGCUAAAUCCCUUAGGAUUUAUUUUCUGUGAAAUCCAGAAAUCAAGAGACAAUCAGAAUCUUUCUCUCAGCAAAAUCAAAAUUGUGGGACUCGGGCUCUUUCGCGUGUUGCAGAACCCAAUUGUAUUUAUGGUCUUCAUAGGAAUUGCCGCAAAUUUCAUUCUUAAGCAAAAGAUUCCCGUAUAUUUGGAAAACUUCCUUGAUGGACUUGCCAGUUCAUUUUCUGGCUCAGCACUUUUUUACCUGGGUCUCACCAUGGUGGGCCAAACAAAGAAACUGACAAGGGGUACAUUUGUUGCACUGAUUCUUCUCAUCACAGCCAAACUACUGUUGAUGCCGCUUCUAUGCAGGGAAAUGGUAGAAUUGUUGGACAAGAACAACAGUGUGGUCAACCACACCAGUUUAUCAAACUAUGCAUUUCUCUAUGGUGUCUUUCCAGCAGCUCCUGGCGUGGCUAUAUUUGCAACACAGUUUAACAUGGAAGUAGAAGUUAUAACCUCUGGUAUGGUGAUCAGCACUUUUGUCUCCGCCCCCAUCAUGUAUGUUUCUGCUUGGCUAUUAACCAUUCCAUCUAUGGAUCGAAACAAGCUGGCAACUUCAAUCCAAAAUGUUAGCUUUGAUAUUAGUAUUGUCAGUCUUGUCUCUCUGAUCUGGUCCCUGGGUGUUAUUCUCUUGAGUAAAAAGUACAAACAGUUUCCUCACGUGGUUACGACUAACUUACUCAUCGCUCAGUUUGUGGCCUGCAUUGGAAUGGUAAUGUGGAAUUUCACUAUUGAGAAGAGAAGUAUCCCCGUGCAGAUUCUCGUGUUCAUCUUCCUGUACUGUGCACUUUAUAGUGCAUUUUUGUGGACAGGUCUCUUAUCUCUCUCUCUGCUGCUUUUAAAAAGAAGAGGUGCCAUGCAAAUCCCCAUUGCAUUUAUCAUUGGAGCUGGCUGGGGCAUCCCAGCCAUCCUUGUUGGAAUCUUGCUAAUCACUGGUAAACACAGCGAUGAUAUCGACUCGGCAUUUUUUUAUGGAAAAUCUCAGGUAAUUACUACAGCAGCAGUUGUAUCCAUCAGCAUAUUGAUAUCGGGCGUAUCGCUCAUGUGUAUGAACAGAUCCGGAGCGGAGGCUAACUAUGAGGCAUGGAAUCAGAAUUCCCAACCCAGUCCAACAGAGGAAACAGAGAGGGCAGUGAGUGAGCAAGGUAGAUCUUCAACCAGUACUUCUCAUUCAUUGGCAGACCCUUCCAUGGAAAGAGCUCAACCCCCUUUAGAGUGCUGCUCAUGCCAGAAGCAGUAUGGAGGGUUAUCCUGUUCUGAAGGAGAGCCAGCAUCCACCACAAGUGCCAAUGACAACUGCUCCCCAUCAGAUGGGUCAGCAAAUCUGUGUUCGGGUCCAUGCAGUUCUCAGAGCUGUAUAUUGGCUCAGGAAGAACAGCUUCUUCAAACCGGAGACAAACAGCUGGCUAGACAUGUGCUCCUCUGCCUGCUUCUCAUUGUGGGCCUCUUUGCUAAUCUUUCCAGCUGUUUAUGGUGGUUGUUCAACCAAGAACCUGGAAGACUCUAUGUGGAACUGCAGUUCUUUUGUGCUGUAUUUAAUUUUGGGCAGGGAUUCAUAUCUUUUGGAAUUUUUGGUUUAGACAAACAUUUAAUUAUUCUUCCAUGCAAAAGGAGGUUUGAAUUUCUCUGGGGUAAUAGAACAGUGGAACGCAGGGAAUCAUCUGUACCUGAGGAUAUCCGGAUGACAUGCCAACAAUUUGUUAACUAUCACAAAGAUGUGUGUGUAAGGAGCAUUGUGCAAGACAGAAGGUGUGGCAACAAGACUGUAUCUGGGGUCUUCUUUGGCUGUGACCUGGUGAACUGGCUCAUUGAAGUUGGCCUUGCCUUAGACCGUGGGGAAGCUGUGGUGUAUGGAGACAGACUGGUGAAAGGAGGCGUCAUCCAGCAUAUAGCCAAUGAAUUUGAGUUUCGGGAUGAGCAGUUGUACUACCGUUUUAUACCGAGGAGAUUUACAAGAGAGCCAAGGAAAUGAGGAUGCACUUAGAAGAUAGCCAGAGAUUUGCCCAAACUCUCUGCUGACACUUAAAUGCACGUUCUUUUAUUUCCUCUCAAUUAUAACAUGGCUCUGUCUUGUCUCCUACCCAAAGAGAAUGAUGUCUUGCAUAUUUAGUGCUAGUAUGAGGUGCUUCAGGGAAUUAUUUUAAAUCAUGGAAAUUGUUCAGUACCCAGGUUUUUUGGGUGUUUUUUUUUUUUUUUGAAAUAACAAGUUUUAAUAUAUAAUUUUCUUUUCUCGCUUGUGCAAACAGUGCUGUGGAUAAACCAGAUCUUGAAGAAACUGUUAUGUUCUCUCUCCAGUUUAAUUCUGGUUUUGUAUCAUGUGAUGCACUGAUUUAAGAAAAAGGGGGAAAAAACAAGGGGCAGCUAUUAAACCGUGUUUUGGCUUGUGCAGUCCCUUCCUUGUUGAAGAUGAAAUCCUCUAUUUAUGCUGACAUAAAUAACUGUGAAGAUUGAUGUGGUGUCCAAGGAUUAGUACUAACAAAUGGAUGAUUUUUCUCCCUUUUAAUAGUAAUAGUUGUUUUGUGAAUGGGCCAGUCCUUCUAAAGAACAAAAAUGUACCCUGCAAUCCUGUGUACCAUCAGAAUACUUGGAUUUCAGUGAAGUUAGUGGGAUUUAAAGCAAUCUAAUCCUAUGCAGAGCUUGUUGCCUAAGUAUAUUUUUGUUUCUCAGACUUUUUCCCUUACUCUGAAAUGAGUAAUAGCUACUGAAAAUUGAGCCAUUCAUUUUCACAAACCUCAAAGCACUAUACAGAUCCUGACAUCUAUUGGUGUCUAUGAGGUUGUGGUUACUUUGCACCUCUAAACUAGAACCAAAAGCCUAUUAAAAACAAAUGCCAAAUACUUGAAUUAAAUUUGAGUACUACUUCAAUAUGCAACUUUAAAAGUUACAAUUGCUAUUUUGUUAGACAACCUUACAAUACAAAUUUGAAAAACAUGGGUCUUCACAGGCUCUUCAAUGGAUAAAAUUCAAUUCAAUGCCAAUAACCCCUCACCCACUACAGUGUCUGCAUUUUUAUGCUUGUGUUUUGUUGUCUACAUAAAGGAACACUGAAAUAUAAAGAAUGUCCUUUUACUUUUUACUCUUAAGCUAAUAUUGCAGGUUAAUAACAGUAGUAAGUGGCCAUUUUAUUGACCUUUUUAAAAAGCAAUGAGAGUGUUAAACACUUCCCAUAGGUUAUUAAUCACCACUAUUACUGGAAGGAACAAUUUGUCACAUGACUUUUUCUUCAUUAUAUCUUCGUUACCUUCAUCUAACCCUCCACUUCUUGGCAGAGUAAUGGUGAGAAUAUUUUAUUUUUAUACCUCUGUUUCUCUAUGGAUGAUAUUUGAAAGACAGCCUUUUUUGGAACUUGUGGCUGUUAUAGCUUAGAAUGAGUUCGUCCUAACAGUCUGAAAUAUAAUCAACAUUUCAGCAGCCACAAUUGCAUGUAUUGCAACAUGCAUGACACUUGCAACAACAUAAGCCAUUUCCUUUUGUUGUCAAAUGGCAGACAUGAACUGACAAUGUUUCUUCUACAUUAUAUAAAAACAGGCCUACCUUCCAUAAUGAAGAAAACUGGGUUUUAUAUAAAGUCUGGUUUUAAUCUGAUCUGCAGUUGAAAUGGAAGGAAUGCUAUUGGAUUUCUAAAUCAUGUUUUUUGUCUAAUUUGGGAAAAAUUAUGGAGAAAUGUGUUUUGGAAGUAUUUGGUAUUUCUACAUUCUUGGUGUUCCAGUUUCUCAAUAAAUACAGAUGUUGUCUUGUA